CCCGCCCGGCUGGCCCUGGCUGCCGCGGUGACGCGACGCCCGCGAAGCGGCGGACGCGCCCCGCCGCUAUAUAAAGCCCGGCCCGCGACCGCGACCGCGUCCACACGCACAGCCGGCAGUUCUCUCUGGCCGCAUCCGCAGCAGACAUGAAGGCCCUGUUGAUCCUGAGCUCCGUCGUGGCGAUGGCGCUGGCCAAGCCCGGCUACCUGGGCCUGGGCUACCACCACGCCUACCUGGGGGCGCCUCUGGUGGUGGGCGACGCGCCCGACGUGGCCGCAGCCAAGGCGGCGCACCUCAGCAUCCAGGCCGCCGAGGCGGCGCGCAACACGCUCGGCCUCCCCGCCGUCGCCGCCCCCGCAGUGGUCGCCGCCCGCGGCUACUACGGCUACCCCGUCGGCGGAUACGCCAACAUCGUCAUCGGACCCCAAGGUGUCCCUCUGGACACUCCUGAGGUGGCCGCCGCGAAGGCCGCCAACGCCGUGGCGCACGCCGAGGCCGCCGCCCGCGCCGCCGCCUCCCCCGUGGACCCUGCGUCCGGGCUGCCCGUGGCCGCCUACUACGCCUACGCGGCCGGCGUGCCCGCCGCCUACCGCGUGCACUACGACGGCACCCUGCUCACCCCCGAGGGCGUGCCCGUCGACACCCCCGCUGUGGCCGCCGGCAAGGUCGCCGACGCCGUCGCCCACCUGCAGGCCAAGGCCGCGCUCCUCGGCUGAGCCGCCCACCCCGACCACAGCUCUGACGACGACCGCAGCCUACGCCAACGCCACUAGUCCUCUACACUACUUCUGGAACUCUGCCCUUUAACAGAUACCCGUAAUUUAUGUACAAAUCCUCUUUUUUUGCAAAUAAAAUCAGUUGCAAGUGUGUUUUUAUAAAUA